GGCACAUCGGGCAGGACUCCGGGCAGCGGCACGUCGGGCAGGACUCCGGGCAGCGGCACGUCGGGCAGGACUCCGGGCAGCGGCACGUCGGGCAGGACUCCGGGCCGCGGCACAUCGGGCAGGACUCCGGGCCGCGGCACAUCGGGCAGGACUCCGGGCCGCGGCACAUCGGGCAGGACUCCGGGCAGAGGCACAUCGAGCUGGACACCGGAUCACCAGGUGGAGCAGCAGGCACCGGGCCACCAGGCGGGGCGACAGGCAUCGGGCCCCCAGGCGGAGCGGCAGGCACCGGGCCCCCAGGAGGGGCGG